CGACAAAUUCUCCUGAAGCAAAAGCUGUUGAAGGUCAAGGUCCAAUAACUGUUAUAAUUCAAAACCCGACUGGCACUUUGUUAAUGUCUGUUUACCGCAGUGGUAGAAUUGCAGUUUGGCAAAUUCCUGCUUCACUCUUAUGUGACGAAUCUGAACAAGACACAAUAAAAGGCCGUCUUCAUGAUCCAGAUGAUGAGUCUGACAGCACAGGAACAGCACAGCAUGAUGACAUCAACUCUAGUCAAAGUUCUUUGCAACAAGAAAUUUCGAUGGCCCCAAAAAAGCGAAGUUCCAUUUCUUUAACCUAUACAAGUAGUUACGGACGCCUUUUAUGCGUCAUCAAUGAUGCACACGGCGUUGACCAUUCUGUCAGUCUUUGUUCUUUUACCACUGUUUCUUCACUGGCUGCUUGUGUCGACACUGGUGGAUCGGUAUUUCAACUCAAGUUCACGAAAGGAUUGGUCGGUAUGAAGGUUGAAUCCAUGUGCUUCUUUUCUGGAAGGUAA